UGGAGAGGAGGCGACCGGGCAGGCGGGUACGGUCGCAGUACGAGUCAGCGCCAGGCUCGGAAGAAGCAGCCUUUGCUUCCAGCUGCACGGUAGUCAGAGUGGGACCUCCAGGAUAAGUGUGUUAAUGUUUCCCUUCCUGUGUCUCCCCCCUGCGCUCACAGUGAUGGCCUGCACUUCAGAGCUGCGGACCAGCUCCCGGCGCUGAGUGCGGGGGGCGGGCGCUCGUCCUGCCGGGGAGGAGCUCACCAUGUACAGCGUGGAGGACCUCCUCAUCUCUCAUGGAUACAAGCCGGCCAGGAGCUCGCGCCGCGAAGCCGCCGCGGAGGCGAGGCCGGGCCGCGGGGGAGCGAGCGGGCGAGCGGAGCCAGCAGACACCGGAGCCUCGCUCGGCAGCAGGCAGGCGCACAGUUGCCCCGGCGACGGCGAACACGGGGAGAGGAGCCGGAGGAGAGAGGAAGCAGCAGGAAGCAGUAAUCCUGGUGACGUGCGGACCCAGGGUGCUUUCCUUACCGCGGGUGGUGGGUUCUGUGAUGGACCGUGUGGAUUGUACUGUCACCCGCGGUCAGAUAGAGAUGUCUCCUACUGGAGGCGGAGGGGCCAAGACUUCAGUGUCCCCCUGGGCUAUGCAGAUAGUCAACCGAAGACGGAAGCACCGGGGAAGGUAGAGCGCAGGUCCGAGUGGCAGGCCUGGGAAGAGACCAUGUGGCUGAGAGGGAGGGCAGCAGGAAGCCGGGAGCCGUGGAUGGCGGCAGGGGACAGGAAGUGUCAGAGUCUUGGCACAGAGGAGUGGAGAUCGGCCAUCGGUCUGGGCCGCCAGCUCUCCGACAACGAGAGCCAGGUGUGGGCUCAUGAGCAGCUCCACCAAAGGCCUGCAGAGGGCGCUAUCCACCCCAAAACCAAAGGGAAGUCGCUGUCUCUCCCCAGAGGGCUGCCAACAGAAAGUCUGACCGUUUAUGGCAGCCAGCGUGCAGACGGCAGCGGUUCUCUGGGGUCCUACCAGAAACACCCCGAAAGUGCGGUGUCACAUGAGCUGUGGACAGAGAACGGCCGGUCGCUUGGCCACACUUCCCUCUUGCCAAAGCCUAUGUUCAGCAGGCCUGUUAAGCCUCCCUCCUAUGAGGCACACCAGCAGACACGGGGCAGCUGGGAAAUGCUCGCCGGGGACCUGGGACCCAGGCCCAGAGACCGAGUAAUCCGUCUGUCCAAGAGUGGGGAGUUCAGCCAGGAAUAUUUUGCACACCCGCCUGCAGAAUCUGGUUCGGGGCCUCCAGGUUACAUACCUCCACCUUCUUACACGAGACCACAGCUGCAGAACGGGGCCCAAAAGAGCCACAGCCAGGUGUGCGGCUUCCUGCUGAAGGGGGAGGCAGAGCCUGGGGUCUGGGAGGUAGGGAAGUGGCCUUGUAGAUCAGUUAGAGGCUCCUGGAUGGAGUACCAGGAGGAAAGAGGUGUUGCCUGUGGCAGACAGGCCUACCCGGGGUACGUGGACCAGCGUCUGGGAUGUGUCCAGUACUUGCCGUUCCACGACCCGCGCGUGCGACACAUCUCAGGUGGACAGUGGGGAAACUCUCUGACCGACUCAGACAAAAUCAGAAACAUCCAUAGAGAGGUUCCCAGUGCUAAAGUGUUAGGACAAUCCACACGCGAUAGUGCCUUCCUCCCCCCAGAGGGGCUCACUCCCAGUACGGACCUUAGCAAAGCGUCUCCUAAUGACAAUGACGUCGGCAAUAGGUGGAACAGCUGUGUGCACAAGGGGAGUAAUAACUCUGUUGCAGUUGACCAAAACAGUUCCGAGAACCACAAAGCUUUUCCGUCGACAUCAUCAAGGGAGAAUGGAAAUGUGGAGCAAAGUUUUCCCGAAGCGAUCGCUCAAGUGAAGAAAAUCGAGCCUGCAGUUGAAGCGGAGAAACCCAAACAAGUGAAACGGAAACUCAACGAGACCAUCUUCUGCUUGGUUUCCAUCCCUGUUCACCUUCAGCCCGACCGCAAGUGCUCCGAUGUGAAUAACAACGAAACUCCGAACACGACAGAAUCGAGCAACCCCAUUAAAAAUGACACAAGCCACUUGCAAAACCAAAGUCUCCCAAGCACAUCGUCAACGAGUUUGGAGCUGCAGCAGCCCCUGGGCAGCAUCACAGAUGAGAAACCGCUGAGGAAGGUCUGUCUGAAGAAAGAGGUGUUUGACUCACGGUCCAUCAAGCUGAGCAAACAUAUAGAGCUGCGAUACUCCGGCUCUUGGCCGGGUGAUCAAUACCGAGACCAGGAGACGCAGACCAGCUUCUGUGAGGCUCCCGAAAGUUCACUUCAAGGUCCCCCAAGCCUCCAAGCACAAGAUCAGGGCCAGAGCACCUCCAGAGCUGCUGUGGAAACCAGCCUAGGGACGGACGGCAGCAGCACACUCACAUUUCACACCAUGAAAGGGCAGAAAAGCUUGAACCCCUCAAGUAACAGCGCCUUCUCCAGGACCUCCACGUAUUCCAACCGGUUCACCAAGAGCACAGCGCUGCCAGGACUUGUCUCAGGAAACAGUGAAGGGAAGGACACUGGUCCAGAGGCCUUCGGUCAGUUCUUGCUGAAGCCCGUCAGCCGACGCCCAUGGGAUGCAAUCGAGGAGUUGGAGUCCUUCAACAAGGAGCUUCAGGAUCCACUCAGCAAGAGCACCAGUGUGGACAAGUGCAUCGAGGACCUCAACGAGGCAUACAAAGACAUCCUCGAGUUGAGCAACACCAGCAAUAAUUUCGAAAAUAUCAAGGUGCAAGAUCUGGAGCUCACACAGGACAAAGAAAAUAUGCAAGGGGAGUCCCACUGCAAGUCCAAAAAGAUUAGGCCCACAAUUAAAAGUUGGACUGCUUCCACUGAUCUGGUAUAUCGAGGGGUGAAGAGUGCAUUCUCCAGAAGCACUGGGAAAGCAAUGAGCUUCAGUAACCAGCAGCAGCUGGAGGAAGUUUCCGGCCUCUCGGAGAGUGGCUUUUUAAACUACAGCUUGCCCUCUCAGAUCCCGAAGAAGGUUGACAUCCUUGUUCAGAGGGAACCCCAACGCAGGGAUGUGGGUGUAACUGUGCACCCCUCUGUUGAACCCGUGUGGGCCGCCGGGAAGCUGAUGCAGGACGCCUCCACGCUGACAAGUCCCCCGGAUUACGAGGACAUCUGCCAUGCCCUGCAGUUGACACGGGAUGUUGGAGGCUGGAACAGGACCGCUCCAAUUAAACCGACAGCUGGCAACCCUGACAGAGGAUCGCCUCAGAACUCAUGCAAUUCUGCCGGAUUGAGUUCGGCCUUCGAGCAAGGUGAUUUCUGUCGUAAAACGGAGGCAAAGGCAGAGGGGAAGCAAGAGAGUUCAGCUCCACAGUUUGCUACAGCGAAGAGCUCUAAUAUUCUUUCAGUCAGAGGUCACAGGCCCCAAAAUCCGGAUGGUCCCCGCUGCAUUGCCCGCAACAAAGUGCCCGAUGCAGAAGAUCCACCUGGAGUCAACUCCGGUAACAACUCUGAUCGUUUUUAUUGGAGGAGGCAGCUGUCAUUAGCAGAGAGACAUCUGGAGACGCUCCUCAUCAAUGAGACGUCCAGUGAUGCACCAUUAGAGGACCUGAGCACUCUGUACCAGGUGAAAUGUGCCCAGGGCAUUCCUGAGAAUGAGUCCCUAGAAGAGAGGGCAGCCAGGAUACUAGGCAUCAAUGUGCCCGCAGAGUCUUUAGGAGUUGUGAACCCAAGUAGAUGUGGAGAAGAGGCUAAAGAGGCGGGGGAGGUGGAAAGUAAAGCGCUUCCUUGCAGAGAAUCCUCAGAACCGAACGCAGGUGGAAGCCUUUCAAAUCUGUCUGUGCAAAGUGAAAAGACAUCUGAUGCUCAGGAGCUGGAUGUAAAGGUGCAGGAGAUGGAGAAAGUAGAGGCCAGUGGUGAUGGACCAAUCGAUAGUACCUUUGUGGAGAACACCCCAGGGCUCGACGAGUCCCCGGAAAAUGAGAUUCAGCUGUCUGCAGACAUUGGCAGGAAUGACAAGCUGUCCCUGAGCGAUGAUAAUGGUAACGACCACAGGGACCCCAAGGGUGCUGCGUGGAUAGUCAAGAACCCCGGACAAGAGCAUGUUGCCUCAGCAAGCACUAAUGAAACGGGACGCCCGGAGGUAGAUCUGGAAUCCCAGCCGAAGCACCUCAGCCCUUCGACCUCUGACUUUGGCGAUGGGGUGGAAACUUGGAGCCAUCCGGAACCAGAGCUGGAUGACCACUUACAAGUGCCCCACCAACCCCGCACGGUUGCCAAGAGGGAGAUCACGCUGCCUCCAGGACCCUGCAGCACCUCCAGUGAAGAGGGAAUAAAGGAUGUGGAGACGCAGUCCCUCUCGGACCACACGGACUCCUACGACCCGAGCCAUGUGGAAAGGGUGUGAGACCAGCGAGUUCCGGCACCGGGACCACAAGGAAAGCCUUCAUCCCAUCCUCACGACACACUGAUGGCCUUCUUACUCUUCUUCUUCUUCUUCUUCUUUUUCUCCGACACAAGCAUUGUCUACACGGGGGUGUGACGCCAAGCGCCCUCACCUCCCACCCCCCCAUCUUCAUGCUGGGGUUCUAUCCAUACGGGCUCAUGUUCCCCAUCUGCCUCAUCUGUUCCUUGCCCAGGAUUUUGCAGCACCGCUGCGUGUUCCAGCUACCCCUUUUCACACCGCCCCACUCGUGCGACAGCCAGGUGGCCCUUCGUACCCGGAGCCGCUCCGUCACAGGAAGCCGCCCAGUUUCAAUCUGUGUCGAUGGCCCAAAUUUUACAAUUUGAAAGAGGCAAGGAAGUUUCGGGAAGAUGAGAUCGAGCGCUUCGGCACAGCCCGAUUAAAAUAUCAUAUCAACGGUAUGUGAUCUGGCCUGUACUUUUCCCCGCUGAGUUAUUAAUGUAUGUUGCUGAUCUGUUGUUUAUGCCUUUUUACCAUGAGAAUGUACUCAGCAGCAGGGUGGGUCCAGGCUGGGUUACAGAACACUCUAAAUAAUUAAAUACUGUUAGGUCUGCUGUGCGCCACACCUCUUUGUUUUCCUGGCACAGCAAAGGAGGAGCGCCGGGCGUGGUCCGUACACCACAUUUUACGGUAAUCGCAUCAAAGAGAGCAAUACGGUCGCCCAGGGCUCCUUAGGAGCCACAGGCGGGAGACCCUUUCAGUGUCAUCACUUUAAGCCCAGCUGAAAGAAACCGCACUGUUUCGGUGUGGCAGGGUGCCUCUGUUGAAAGGAAAAACAUUUCUCUGAAUAUUUAUUUUUAUCGCAUCAAAAAUUCCUAGUCAAGCUAAAAUAAUGUACAAAAUGAAUUAAUGAAGUAUAUUUUAAAUAUUCCAAAACAGGUUUUGUAUGUUAUCAUAUUUUAUUUGCCUGGCUUUGAUCAAGCUGGAAAUAUCGUAUGCCUGUAUAUUAUCAUGGUAG